AUGGAAAAUCCACGAAGAGGCGCUGUUAGUCGCUUUACACAUCGUGAGUACGCUGACAUGUACUUGAUUUACGGCGAAACCAGGAAAGUUUCUACUCGAGGCAUAGUCUCAUUAAACGCAAGGUUGGCUGCAAGAUUGUACGCGGAACGGUAUCCAGACCGUAGACAUCCGACGUAUGAGGUGAUUGAACGAUUGGAUUCUGCCUAUAGGGAGGGCAGAAUACCUGGAACUCGAGGACGACACAUUGAAGGCCAUUGGGUCCUUGGACUUAUUGAAGAUGGGAGUGAAGACCUUCGGCUAGAAGUUUUCCUGGAGAAUGUGCGCUCAGCAGAAUUGUUGGUGCCCCUGAUCCAGAAGCAUGAUUCUUUCCAAAGAGAAUUUUCAAUAAAUGUGUGGGCUGGAGUCAUCGGAAACAAAUUGGUUCACUCAGACAUUUUGCCCGACAAUUUUAAUGGGCUAAAAUUAUCUGGAGUUUAUGAUAAACGACUUGCCAAUGUUGCUAUUUGA